AGCCUUGAAUCAUAAACUCCUUAACCUAGAAUACUACUUUAAAGAGAUAGAACACAAUGGAAAUUAUCCGAGUGGCUAUGAAAGCAGUGAUCGUUGUGAGCAUGCUUGGGUGGCUUGCCUCAAUUGCUUACGCUGCUGAAGGAACUGCCACCUUCUACACUCCUCCUUAUGUCCCCUCUUCUUGCUAUGGAUUUGAGGACAAGGGAGUGAUGAUUGCCGCAGCAAGCGAUGCCAUAUGGGACAACAGGGCUGCAUGUGGGAGAAGGUACAGCGUGAGAUGCACUGGAGCCACAAAUCAAGUGCCUCAACCAUGCAGAGGAGGAAGCGUAAUCGUCACAGUAGUUGAUUACUGUCCACCAGGCUGCCGAGGAACCAUUGAUCUCUCACAGGAAGCUUUCUCCCAGAUUGCUGAUCCUAAUGCGGGCAAUAUCAAGAUUGAAUAUACCCAGGUAUAAGGGAAGUUGGAGACGGAAUUAAAAGAUGAAAUAUCCAUAUUAAUAAAAGAGGGAAGAAUAAAAAUAAAAAAGUAAUAAGGAUGAUGCUCAAUUGUAUUUCAUCUAUCUAUGCCUUCAUGUAUGACUUAUGAAUAUGAUAUGCAUAUUAAUAAAAUAAAGAUCUAGUUA